UUAUGUUCACGAUUUCUAUCUGCCAAAAAGAAGACCUUUUUAGAGGAAAAAAGAGUCAAUGGGGGUUUUGAUUUUCAGGAUCAAUUAUUCAUAUAAAACUCCUAAAAUGGUAGAAAAUCUACAGUGGGAUAUGAUGUGAAUAUCAAGUUUUUCUUCUUCUUUUUCCCCCCUUUUAAAUAAACUAAGUUUGCCUUUUAAAUUUUAAACCAAAUUUCAAGAAUAAAAGGGAAAAUCAUUAGAUUGGAUUUCGAUCUUUCAACACAAAGUAAAAUCCUUGAUUCUCUCAUCGCCGUAUCUCAAACGAAUCUUUUCUCCCGAGUUAGUCUCUCAGUCAAAACUUUACAUUUCAACGCUUGUGGUUUUGAGUUUUUGACCCAUCUCCCACUUUUCUUUUCCAAGUUCCAAAAACAUCUUUUACAAUUCCAUUCGAUUUCUCUGGAAUUCAACACAACAGGGAAUUCCUCUUUUCACCUGAGCUUGUUUCGCGAUCUGGGUAUGUUUCUGAUCAAGCAAAAAGUUGGAAUUUGAAGAAGAAUUAAUUUCAGGUGAUGAAAAAUGGGGGAAACUGAAAAUGGAUAUUCACCCGCCACCCACACUGCAAUGAACGCAGUGCAAGCCAUAGGGAAAGGAUUCGAUGUUAACUUCGACACUAGGUUGUUGUAUUGUAAAGGUGUAACAGGUUCUAAGAUAGUUGAAAUCGAUGAGGGACAUGGUAGGGAUAUUUACUUAUAUGAUCAAACUGUUCUCCCCAAUGUUUCUAGAGAUAUCAAGAACUCUCAAGAGCCUAUUGGCCGUCUCAGUUCUGGGGUUUUCAAUUUUAAUGAGAUGGUGGAAUAUUUUAAUAAAAACGCUAAUGUGUCCGGUAGUUUUCCCCUUGGUAGUUUCAAUUCUGCUUUUAGCUUUACUGGUUCAACAAAUAUUAAUGCUGCAACCACAAAGACACUCUCUAUGGAUGGAUUUUACAUCCCACUUGCCAAGUUUCAUCUAAUAAAGUCCCCAUUGGUAUUGCAAGAAAAUGUUAAACGGGCUGUCCCGACUUCCUGGGACCCGUCAUCCUUGUCAAGUUUCAUUGAAAAUUUUGGGACACAUGUCAUCACUUCUGUAACUAUCGGUGGUAAAGAUGUGAUAUAUGUCAAACAGCAUCCCUCGUCACCUUUGUCUACCAUGGAGGUUAAAACCUAUGUUCAGGAUAUCGGAAAUCAUAGAUUUUCAGACAAAGACAGCCUUACAAGUUCGGGUCAAAUAAAGUUAAAGGACAAGGGUCUUGAUACUGGCAUUUUCAUCAGUCAAGGGAUAUACCCUCAACCUACCAGUUUGCCAUCUCUUAAUGGGAAAGAGGAUGUUACAGUCAUUUUUCGGAGAAGGGGAGGAGAUGAUCUGGAGCAAAACCACACCCAGUGGGCAAAAACUGUCCAAUCCUCUCCUGAUGUCAUUGAAAUGACUUUCUAUCCUAUUACUGCUCUGCUUGAUGGGGUAGCUGGAAAGGAGCAUUUGAUUCGUGCCAUCAGUCUUUAUCUUGAAUACAAACCUCCAAUGGAAGAACUAAGAUAUUUUCUAGAGUUCCAGACUCCUAGGAUAUGGGCUCCUAUACAGGGUACAAUUCCUGGCCACCAAAGGAAGGAACCUAUUUGCCCGUCUUUGCGAUUCAGCAUGAUGGGGCAAAAACUUUAUGUCAGCCAAGAACAGAUUUCAGUUGGACGAAAGCCGGUAACAGGCUUGCGGUUAUGCCUUGAAGGAAUUAAGCAGAACCGUCUAAGCAUUCAUCUUCAAUACUUAGUAUCUCUUCCGAAGAUCCUACUUCCACACUGGGACACACAUGUGGCUAUUGGUGCUCCCAAGUGGCUAGGACCUGAGGAGCAAGAUAGUAGAUGGUUUGUGCUGGUGAAAUGGAAGAGCUUUUCUCAUGUUAGUACUGCACCAAUCGAAAACCCUGAAUCCUCUAUAGGUGACCUCUCUGGUGUCUACAUUGUCACUGGAGCACAACUUGGAGUGUGGGAUUUUGGGUCAAGAAACGUCUUAUAUAUGAAGCUGUUGUAUUCUAGGAUUCCAGGCUGCACGGUACGAAGAUCUUUUUGGGAUCACACUCCAGAUGACAAACCAAAGAAAGUUGUGGCUACUGCGGGUAGUUCUGGCUCGGAAGGAAACAUUGUAAACAAGUUGGCAAAAUUUGUCGACAUGUCUGAGAUGAGCAAAGGACCGCAAGAUCCUCCGGGUCAUUGGUUGGUCACUGGUGGCAAGCUUGGUGUUGAGAAAGGCAAAAUUGUUUUGAGAGUGAAGUACUCCUUGCUGAAUUAUUGAAUCUCUUAAGUCUUUUCUUUUUGCAUGUCCAUUUGUGUUCAUUAUGCUUGCAAGAAUUGUGUAGCUUGUUCCAGUUUUGGUUUAGCAACUUGUAGUAAAACUUCUGAAGAUGUCUAAUCUAGAAAGGCAUGAUUGAAAAAAGAAAUUGAAUGGAAGGUUGAAUCGGUUUUUAA